AUGGUGAGCUGUGGAAGGCGCCGCCUUAUGCUGGCAGUUGCGUUGCUGUGCGUGUUGGUAGUGCUCAAGCUGUGGUUUGUGGCCGACCCGAACCCGAAUGCGAGUCCCGUGUUCGUGGUCACUCCUCGCCGCGGCCAGGGAGGGCGCACGCACGCGGCCUCGAAGGAACUGCAGACGCAGACGGGGAUGGAGGUGCCACCUGAACGUCUCUGGCACCUGGAUCUCAAAGGAGGCGCUCCGCUCGUGCCUUUCAUCGAGGGCAUGAUGAGCCUGGCGGCGCGGGCAGGCGCCACGGGCGUUCUCUUGGACCUGAAGGACGUCGCGCGCAUCAUGCAGGCCGCGAAGGGCGCCGGUCUAAGUGUGAUCCACCUGGUGCAGAGUCUCGGCCAUAUGGAGUACGCCCUCAAGCAGCAGAGGUGGGCGGACCUGCGCGAGGGAGAAAGCCCGGGGGAGGCGUGCCCCACCAACCCUGGAACGGCGCGUCUGGUGCUGGAGGCCGUCGACCAGAUCAUGACGGCGGCGCCAAGCCACUUCCUUCACAUCGGCGCUGACGAAGUGUUCACGCUGGCCCAGUGCCAGCGGUGCCGCUCGAAGGGCGUGGCGCCGCUCCAGCUGUACGUGGACCACGUGGCCCAAGUGGCUCGCACGGCCAAGGCCCGGUGGGGACGUCAAAGUGUUGAUCUGGGAACGACAUGCCUCCGCCACGCGUCGUCCUCCAUGGCGGGCGUGGCGUGG